AUGUCCGGUCUAUCCACACCUUCGCUGCCAUUCUACAGUUCGACGCCGAAAAAUGGCAGACGUUCGCCUUCUCCAACUCGCCGAUCAACGACCGUCUCUUCCGUGACGACGUCGACAUAUUCUAAGCUUUCUUCAGAAGAAGUGGCCAGCCGCUUGGCCACCUCCCUCGCCCACGGCCUCUCUCCUGCUGAUGCCGAUGCUCGUCUUCUCCAACACGGACCUAAUGAACUUCCCCAUGAUGACCCCGAGCCGCUUUGGCUACGAUUCAUUAAGCAGUUUAAGGAGCCGUUGAUUCUUCUACUGCUCGCUUCCGCGGCCAUUUCCUUUCUGAUGCAAAACUACGAUGAUGCCGUUAGUAUCACCCUCGCUGUGACCAUUGUCGUCAGUGUUGGGUUUGUGCAGGAGUAUCGAUCUGAGAAAUCGCUGGAGGCGCUCAGUCGACUGGUACCCCAUUUCGCCCAUUUAAUCCGUAAUGUUCCCACGACUGGAUUUGGCGCUCCAUCAACGACAACCAAGGAAGAUGAGGAAGAGUAUGAAAUGGUCAACCUUACUAAUGCGCCAACUCACCCUGCCGGACCAUCUGCAAAGGCGUCAACAACGGUUACUGCUACAACUCUGGUUCCGGGCGACUUGAUCAUAUUCUCGACGGGAGACCGUAUACCAGCUGAUGUUCGAAUUACCUCUGCAGCAGAUCUUACGAUAGACGAAUCGAAUCUAACGGGAGAGAACGAACCUGUACACAAAGUCUCAAAUUCCCUAGGACAGCCAUCAAAGCAAUUUCAAGAUGGCAAAAUUUCCCCCUUUUAUGAUUCGCCCGCCGCUGGAACGGUUGGCACAGAUCUUCGAUUAAACGAACAACAUAACAUUGCCUUUAUGGGAACACUGGUGAGAUCAGGUCAUGGCCAAGGAAUUGUUAUAGCCACCGGACCAAACACGGAGUUUGGAAGUAUAUCAGCUUCACUGCAGGAUAUUGAAAGCCCUAGGACACCAUUACAGCUUUCGAUGGACCGGCUCGGUCAAGAACUGAGCUACAUGUCAUUCAUUGUAAUUGGCAUCAUCGUGGUGAUUGGGUUGAUUCAAGGUCGAAAAUUGCUGGAUAUGUUUACGAUUGGAGUGUCCCUUGCCGUGGCUGCCAUCCCUGAGGGCCUCCCGAUCAUUGUGACCGUUACGCUGGCGCUUGGUGUCCUGAGAAUGGCCAACCGUGGUGCAAUAGUGAGACGACUACCCAGUGUGGAAACUUUGGGCUCGGUCAACGUCGUGUGCAGUGACAAGACUGGUACUCUAACAUUGAAUCAUAUGACGGUGACAAAAAUGUGGCAUUUUGAUAACGAUGAGCCAUUCGAAGUAAACAAGGAACAUACCGCACUCAAACUUACUCCAGCCGCGAGAACAAUUAUGCGGGUUGGUAAUAUUGCGAACAAUAGCCGGUUAUCAAGGGCCCAUGCAAAUUCACCAGCAACUGCUGCCUCAGCUGCUAUCCUAUCUUCCACGAUGGAUAGUUCUUCGGGCGCUGUGAAAAGUCGGUGGGUUGGCCAACCAACUGACGUUGCAAUUCUCGAUAUGCUAGAUAUGCUUGGUGAGGAUGACGUUCGCGACGUCAUCAGCGGCCGGAUUUCAGAGACUCCAUUCAGUUCUGAACGAAAAUGGAUGGGAGUUAUUGUAGCAAGUGCAAAUUCAACCGAUAAUGCCAUCAGCCACAACGGCUCGGAUAUGGCAUAUAUAAAGGGUGCCGUGGAAGAGGUUCUAAAAAGAUGUGACACAUACCUUACUAAAGAUGGACGCGAAAUUAUUUUGGACGAGCAACGGCGAAAAGACGCCAAAGCAGCCGCGGAAUCAAUGGCUCAAGAAGGCCUCCGAGUCCUUGGCUUUGCCAGCGGGCCGAUCAGGAGCCAAGCUGCCACUUCUAAGCAUACGGCAAGCAAUGACGAGAAGCGCUACACAGGUCUCAUAUUCUCUGGCCUUGUCGGUAUGAAUGACCCUCCUAGAAAGGAUGUUCACAAGUCUAUCCGACGCCUCAUGGCGGGAGGAGUCAAGGUUAUUAUGAUUACCGGCGACGCAGAAACUACAGCCGUUGCCAUUGCAAAGAAACUCGGGAUGCCUAUCAAUUCCUCCUCAGCCGCAAGACCGGUCCUUCGGGGAGAUGAGAUUGACCAUAUGAACACUGAAGAAUUGGCACAGGCAAUUUCCGGGACAUCGAUAUUUGCAAGAACAAGCCCUGAACACAAGAUGAAGAUAGUUAAAGCACUUCAAUCGCGCGGUGAUGUUGUCGCAAUGACAGGUGAUGGAGUCAACGACGCUCCAGCGUUGAAAAAGGCAGAUAUCGGCAUAUCUAUGGGUAAAUUAGGCACCGACGUUGCCAAGGAAGCGGCAGACAUGAUCUUGACGGACGACGAUUUCUCUACGAUAUUACGAGCCAUUGAGCAAGGAAAAGGAAUAUUCUACAACAUUCAGAAUUUCAUCACGUUCCAGUUGAGCACCAGUGUGGCUGCGUUAAGUCUGGUUCUGCUCAGUACUGGACUGGGCUUCAAGAAUCCUCUCAAUGCCAUGCAAAUCUUAUGGAUCAACAUUCUCAUGGAUGGCCCACCCGCUCAAUCCCUUGGAGUCGAGCCAGUUGAUCCAUCAAUCAUGGUCCGACCACCGCGGUCCAAACAUGCUCGUGUUCUUACAAAACAUCUCAUCCGCCGUGUCUUAACCUCGGCAUGCUUCAUCAUGGUUGGCACGCUUGCCGUAUAUGUUCACCAAAUGGCCGACCACACCGACGAGAUUUCAGGGGUCCACUCUCGUGUAGUCACUCGCCGCGAUACUACCAUGACGUUCACCUGCUUCGUCCUGUUCGAUAUGUUCAAUGCUCUCACUUGUCGAUCCGAGUCAAAGUCACUGCUACGCGGCGAAAUAUCUCUGACCGGGAAUAAAAUGUUCAACUACGCCGUUCUAGGAUCUCUGUUCGGCCAAGCCUGCGUUAUAUACUUGCCUAUUCUACAGGGAAUCUUCCAGACGGAAGGCCUGGGUUUUUGGGAUCUGUUUUGUUUGGUAUGUAUUUCUAGCUCUGUCUUUUGGGCAGAUGAAGUCCGGAAGUAUCUCCUGUGGAAGAGGAAAGUAAGCGGUUUGGGAGUUCCGGCAUCAUCCUCUACAGGAACGCUUUCUUCUAUUAUUGGGUACAGCGGAAACGUAUAG